CAGUCUCUGAGCCCACAGCACAAAUCUGCUGAGGCCAAUCGUGGGUGAUGAUCCUCAGUCCUCUCUCUGGCCGAGGUGUGGCCCAGACCCCCCUAGAGAGGCGCCUCUGAGGGAAGCAGAAGCCAGAACACAGCCCACUCACUACCGAGAGGAACCGGGUGGACUUUGCCAGCUGCCAUCCUGGAGUUUCUAGCACCUGGAGUUUCUACAGCAGUCUUGGGAAGAGAAUCAGAGAGCUGUGCCGCUGGUGUCACCAUAUGCAGCCUCAAAUGGCUCAUAUGAGAGACCAAGAUGCCAGCACACUAUGGGUCCCAAGCCAGAGUGAGAGUCAAACUGAGUCCGACAUCAGCACCCAAAGCCUGCGGAAGCCCACCAUGUCGUAUGUGAUCCUGAAGACUUUGGCUGACAAGCGGGUACAUAAUUGUGUGUCCCUUGCUGCCUUGAAGAAAGCUGUGUCUAUCACAGGGUACAAUAUGACCCAUAACACCUGGCGCUUCAAGCGUGUGCUCCAGAAUCUACUCGAUAAAGGCAUGAUCAUGCAUGUGAGCUGCUGCAAGGGUGCCUCCGGCUCUCUCUGCCUGUGCAAGGAGCAGGCCCUCAAGUCCAAGCACAGGGCCAAGAGAUGCCAGGACAGACAGAAGAGCCAGAAGCCUCCGAAGCCUAGGCAGCGUGAGUCUGAACCAUGCCAAUUGCUACUAAACUCCAAAAAGAGGAAUGACCAGCUUUUCAAAGGAGUUCGUAGGGUGGCCAAAGGCAACCGCCAUUGCCAUUAAUAAGGCAGGUCAGGCGGGGUGCCAGGCUUGCCACCAAGUGGGAAUAAAACGCAACUUGUUUCACAA